AUGUCCCUCUUUACUUCUAUCCCCCAGGAUCUGGCAAUCGAGACCGUCCAGCUACUCCUACGAAACAAAUACGAUGAAACGGAGAAUCGUCUCGGACAUGCCCAAGUCCUUCAGCUCCUAAAGUUCUGUCUCAGGACGUACUUCACGUUUGACGGCACAAUCUACGAGCAAGUGAAGGGAACACCAAUGGGCUCGCCGAUUUCGGGAUUCAUCGCCGAGGCGGUGCUACAGCGGUUGGAGUCGCUGGUCUUCCAACACCACAGACCGUAA